GGACCUUUCCUUGACAUUUACUCCAUCGCACCAUCCUGUGCCAUAGGAGAAUAUAGGAUAAGACCUCGGUAGUGUUCUACCCAGGAACGGGAACAGUCAAGGACCCCUCCUAUACGAUGCAGACCCGCAUGCAAUACACCUCUUACGGUCUGGACAGGAGCUGCGGUGACGAUGGCCGUAUGAACGUUGCAUGCUCAGAAGUGGGCUUCCAUAGCGUGCGUCCCUCACUCCACGGUCUUGUAACCAUCCAUCCGGACGGGCGACACAACACCUCCUGGUGCGACUCCACGCGGAAAAGCGUUGCGGGGAUCGUGAGAACGACGACGAUCGAGUUUUGAAUUGCUGUCAGCAGCACCCCCGUACGUGAUCGAGAAUUGAGACUCCAGAGCCGGGAUUAUAAGUAAGAGUGGCUGGAGAUCCGUGGGCCCCCAGGGCCCCAUCCCCGUGCCGCGUACCCCCGCAUCCCCGUAACCCCGCACGCCAUGUCCAUCAGCAACACCGUCGGCGCAUUGAUCAUCGGCGCCUUCUUCGCGUCGAUGCUGAGCGGGGUGGUCCAUGUGUCGACAUUCUUUUACUACCGCACAUACCCCACCGACCCGAUACACUUCAAGGCUCUGGUCGCUAUCGUUUGGCUGCUGGAUACACUCCACACCGCCUUCAUCUGGGAGGGAACCUGGAACUACAUCGUCCCGCAAAUCGAGAGCCAGACGUUGCUCCUAGACAGAAUCCCCAACGGUGUUCCGAUAUCCGUUGUCUUGACUGCCACGCUCACAUUCUUUGUCCACAAUUUCUUUGCCCAUCGCAUCUAUCUCUUGAGCAAGAAGAACUGGAUCAUGUCGGCACCUGUCGUAUGUUUCUGGUGCCGCGCGUAUUGCUAGCCCGACUGAGGACUGCAGGUUAUCCUAGCCUUCCUUCGACUCGCUGCCGCGUCUGUGACCACCGGCGAGAUGUGCAGUUCCUUGCUUGCCCCUAAUCGGUCAUUGUUGACCAAGCUGGCAGGUUCCACUACCAACACUUUGCGGCUUUCAAGCCGCACGCGAAUUGGAUCUUCAUUUUGGGUCUGGCGCUUUCCUCGACUGUGGACGUAUACAUCACCGCGUGUCUCUUCUACCUCUUCAGAUCGAACCGCUCCGAAGUCUCGGCAUUCAAUCACGUCAUUGACCGGUUGAUCCUCUGGGCAUUCGAGGCGGGCAGUCUGACCACCCUCGGGACCAUCGUGACGAUGCUCUGCUGGGUGACCACAUCCCACAACUUGAUCUUCCUCGGCCUCCACUUCGUCAUUGGCAAACGCAAGUCGUCGUUUCCGAGUCUGUGUCCGUAACUCACCUCUCCUACAGUCUAUGCCAACUCGUUCCUUAUCACACUCAACACACGCGAGACCAUCCGCAGAGCCCGUGCCAACACAUCCUCUGGUGACCGCGAGCGCGGCCAAGUCCUCUUCCUCGAAUCAAGACCCGGCCCGGGAGCGUCCAACUUCCUGAAGACGACCACCAUCCCCUACUUUGUAGCUCUUUCCUCGCUGCCUCGCACCAUGCGCAUUUGCUGAUCCCAUCCACAGACCCGUUCGAGGCAUGCUGACACACCGACAGAUGUGCAGAUCAACGUGCAGACCAGUGUGCAGUUCGACAAUGAUCAGAAGUCGACGAUGGAUG